AAACCAGGUGUCAGCAUUUACAACAGUGAAGAUAAUGUUUCAAAUCCCUCUUAGCUGAAGAUGUUGUCUUCAGUAUUCGCGUCUUUUCUCCUGGUAAUCUGGUUUAAGAGGAACUGGAAAGUGACCGUUACUAUGCUGUCUCACCACUUGAUAGUAAUGCAAUUUGGGUGAAAUUGUUUAUGGUCUUUUAAACCACGAAGAGGAAAUGAAACCCGCCAAUCCCUCCAAAUGAAAAGCAACAACAUUUCUAAGCACGCACCCAGAUAAUCAACACAUACGGGCAAAGAAUGUUUCAGAAAAGCCUUGAAUACGGUGACAGAAAUGUGGUGAGACUAGAGGGAAAUCAGACACAAAUGCCCUCAGCAGUGUGCCAAACCUUAAUUUUUCCUCUGGCUAACUGCAUAACAACUGACAUGAUUUGAUUUUCAAAUCAACUAAAUAUUAAACUGAAGUUAUUAUUUUAACUAUAUUAACUCUAGGAACCACUUUGCAGGCAAAGAUUUGACCCACAAAACUUCAGAACUAAAGGACUUCCACCGAAUGUGUCCCAUCAGUCAGCCUACUCUACUACUGAUGGAGAGUAAGACUUGUAUCGCUUAAUGUUUUCUGAGGCUCAGGAGGAUCUGAGUCUGACUGUAAACCGGAUGGUGUGGUUUCGAAGAUGAUUCGCUGACUGCGAUAAAGCCUGGUUCCAGACAUCUGAAUCACAACCCACAUCCCUCAUUUUGCAAUUUGAUGUUGUUUUUGCACUUAAAGCAGAUUCUCUCAAUUAGACAAACAGCUGACUGAUCAGACCUGAGCUUGAAACUACAAAUACCAUUAUCCUGACCUAGCUACCUUACAAGUAUCCAUUGAAGAUGGUGACAAGUGUGGACAAGUUUGACACUGCUGUGUAAUUCAGGGAAAUGUAUGAGCCUAGUUCCAUCAAAUUAACUCUGCUUAUUGAACCCGUUCUUGAUGCAAUCUAGCAGGUCGGCCCCUCGUUUCUACCAGCUUUUAGCAGAACCGUUGCAGUCGAGGAUCCUAGAUCAACGGAGGGGGUUGCAGGAUUACCUGUAGAACAUGACGCACCCACUUUGGUCACUUUUCAAAUAAAGCAAAACUGUUGUUGGCUCAGGUGUCUUCUCAGGUUCCCAACUAAUUUACGUUUCAACGGUUCAAUAUAAGACAUGCAAUCCGAAAUUUCCGAGUGCCUCCUCGCCUUCAGAACAGUUAAAAGGGGCAGUGGUUGAAAUCAUCACCUGUGAGAUGGGACUCCUCUUCAAGACCCUCAUACAUCACCCGCUGUCAUGAAGUCAUGAGUUCAAAAAGAACUCUCCUUCAUUACCUCGCCUCUAGCGGCACUUUAUAGGCUGAGAUUAGCAACCUGUGGUCCUAGUCUGCCAGUCUGCGCUCAAAUUAGAGGAGCGGUACCAAGUGCAGCAACCUCACUGCAGGACUUACACACCCCAUCGAUGCAACGUCGAAAUGCAGGACCGUCGUGUACAAAUCAGCAGUGGCAGUGUCAUGUUAGCUGGCUAGCUGGUCACCAAAACAUCAGCAGACUAGUAGAUUGUUUUACACUCGUUAUAAAGAAGGCAGCCAUGACACCGUGCCCUCUAUCCCAACAAGAAUCCAGACACUGAGGCGUGAACGUUGGAAAAAGGUGGGAUCGGGCCAUAAAGUCAGGAUAUCUCAGCACCUACAACUUCAAUUCGGACCAUUCUGAUACUAAUCUAUCUCUUGUGAGUCCCCAAACUUUCAGAAAGCACAGAGCUAAAUUGCCGGAGGACCCCUUUAAAAUCCCUCGAUGUAAAGCAGGUCAGUCUUUAUAAUGAGUACGUUUACACUUUGCCUUGUUUACGUGGAGAAACCGGCACAUUCAGAGCUCAAAACUUCGCGCAGCACUGCCAACUUCAGACUCUUCAGAUUUCUCUGCUGUCAUAUUUUCCCUCAAGAGCAAAGGCACAAAAUUCUUCCAGCAGAGACCUUCAUGAUGCAGCCCCCCCUCCCCACCCCCACCAAGUGUUUACCCCUCACACCCAGGAGGAGUUCUGGAGUGGGUGCGCCCUGCCAUGAUGUGCUCAUAGAGUCCACACUGUCCUGACGGUCCUGUGCACACCUAGUCCCUCCCCCUUUCUCUCUCACCCCCUCAGCCUACCUACCUCUCCCCCUCCCGUGCUCCCCUGUACUCUCCUCCUGCUCCUCUCCCAGGGCCAGUUACUCGUUUUGAAGUGACCACUCGAAGCAGUUUUUUUUUUUUGCCCGGGGACUCUUUCGCUCCAUCUGACGCUCAUCCAUUCGCAGCCAGCAUGGUCCACAGCAGCAGCAUCUGCAGAUUCCUCCUCCUGGUGCUCCUCGGCCUGAUGGUGGCCUUUGUACACACAGAGACGGUUUCAGACCCUGCCUCCACAGACAACCAGGACACAAUGUCCGGAGACCCCCCCAGUGACGUCACCACCAAAGACCCUUUCCAGGACAUGACGGAGCAGCCCUUCACCUACGAUUACGAGGACGCCACGCACUCCCAGGCCAUGGAUGAGGAGGAAGGGGUGCUGGGGCCGGGGGCCAUCACCGCCAUCGUUAUAGCCGUGUUCCUGGGAGCGUCCGUCCUCCUCGCCCUCAUCGUCAUCACGCUCAGGAAGUUCACCGCCUCCUAGAGCGACUACAUCUCAUCUUGUGUGUGUGUGUGUGUGUGUGUGUGUGUGUGUUUGUGCAUCAUGAGUGGGUCGACAGUUUCUCUUCCGCCUCCUAUCCGGCUCCAUGUCUUUUCUUGAGAGAUGAGUCGUGUCUUUUGCUUCGCUGUAGAUGCUAAGAAAUUGUGGCAGGUCCCUUUACUAUUUACAGACGUGCUCAUGUGAACUGACUGUUGCUCAGCGUGCCAACUUGUUGCUAAAGGUGUGAUGUUAGAAAACUGGCUGGCUCUUCCAGUGGAAAUCCGAGCAUGUUCGUGUCAUUUCACCAUUUUUCAAAGUCUUGCAUGCGUGCUCAGAACGGUUUGUAAUGACAGCGGGCUCUUUGUUUCCUGAGAGUUUGUUGUGAAGCAUCCUGCAUGUGUUUUUGUUCUUAUUUGUACACCAGGUGUUUUGUGCUUUCGUUAAUCUUGUGUCUCACUCACUUACUUCAACAAGAAAGAUAGUCGAGAUGGUUUGCUUUAGUCUUUCACAAGGAUUUCACCUUGUGCCAAAAUCAUUUCUAAAAUAUUCCCGCGGCGCCAACCCCGUGUACAAGUUCUGAAGUUUGUCUUGCACCAUUUACAAACAUUUGUAGAGUCAAAAUAAGAAGAAAACAUUCCGGAAAAAGGGCUUCUUCGAUGAAUGUAAACAGGCUAGUUUGGGUUUGUUUUUACCUGCAGAGCAAAUAGUUAGAGCGAGGACAAACGUGUGUUUGCGCUCAAGUGAGUGUUUGUAGUUCUUUGUUGUUGUUGUUUUAUUUGGAGGGGCUGGAAGUUAUUUUAGUAAGAUGAUUAUGUCUUGUUCUAUACCCCUCAGAGUUCCACAGUACUCAGCCGUACAUGUGACAUAAUGUCACUUCCCAAUUAUGUGUUCACGAUUGAAGUUGAAUAAAUACAAGAAAUCACAUGCCAAGUG